AACCCCGAAGAGCUCAUCGUUCUUGUUUUCCUCUGCAAGCCAAGUUCCAAAAUGGAACAAAAUUACAACUUUAAUCCGUCCUUUAUUAAGCUGUUGAUGGAAGAUGAUUUCACGAGAGAAAUUCGGAUUCCCUGCUCUUUUGUGAGGAAUUUCAAGGAAAAGCUUCCCUCAAGAUGCACAAUCGAAUCCGAGGCAAAGAACUCAGUUCGAAAUUCAUGGCCAGUGUUGGGAAGCAAGUUCUUGAAAUUGAAAGUGAAGAAGGAGAAGAUGUAGAAACAAACGAGAGGGAUGGUUAUUUUCAUUUAAAUGCGGAGAAUCCCUAUUUUAUUUUGAGACUGAAGCGGCAUCAUAUGCACAGAUUGAAUAUUCCAAGAGCAUUUUCCAGGGCAACAAAACUAGAGAAGGAGAAAGAGGCGGUCCUUCACGGUGAAGACCAGAGGGAGUGGCCGGUAAAGAUCGCUGAGAGGAGUGAAAUUGGAAAAGGAUGGACUGAAUUUCGCAAAGCAUACAAAUUGGAGAUAGGAGAAAUUUGCCAGUUCACCUUACUUAAGCGUUUUGGAGAUUUAUUCCACAUUCAAAUCAAGAGGACUUCAAACAAGAUCUGCAAGGAAGAAUGGGCAUGAGCUGUUGAAAGGUGCUCCUUAAUACAAAGGAUGUUUCUAUGUGCUAAUCUACUGUACUAUGAGAUUUUGGAUUGGACUUUGCAUCAUUGCACGGUAUUU